AUGAUUGUAGAUGCCAUAGAGCUCAUGGGGGGAGACUUGAGCAUGGUUAACACUCACACGCUGUGCAGGGCGCCCAAUCAACGAGCCUUUUCGUUUGUGUCACACUUCACCUACUUCACACUUCACCUACUUCACACUUCACCUAGUUCACACUACACCUACUUCACCUACUUCACACUUCACCAACUUCACACUUCACCUACUUCACCUACUUCACACUUCACCUACUUCACACUUCACCUACUUCACACUUCACCUACUUCACACUUCACCUACUUCACACUUCACCUACUUCACACUUCACCUACUUCACACUUCACCUACUUCACACUUCACCUACUUCACACUUCACCUACUUCACACUUCACCAACUUCACACUUCACCUACUUCACACUUCACCAACUUCACACUUCACCAACUUCACACUUCACCUACUUCACACUUCACCAGCUUCACACUUCACCUACUUCACACUUUACCUACUUCACACUUCACCUACUUCACACUUCACCAACUUCACACUUCACCACCUUCAUACUUCACCUACUUCACCUACUUCACCUACUUCACACUUCACCAACUUCACACUUCACCAACUUCACACUUCACCAACUUCACACUUCACCUACUUCACACUUCACCAACUUCACACUUCACUAACUUCACACUUCACCAACUUCACACUUCACCUACUUCACACUUCACCAACUUCACACUUCACCAACUUCAAACUUCACCUACUUCACCUACUUCACCUACUUCACACUUCACCAACUUCACACUUCACCAACUUCACACUUCACCUACUUCACCUACUUCACCUACUUCACACUUCACCAACUUCACACUUCACCUACUUCACCUACUUCACACUUCACCAACUUCACACUUCACCAACUUCACACUUCACCUACUUCACCUACUUCACACUUCACCUACUUCACACUUCAUCAACUUCACACUUCACCAACUUCACACUUCACCUACUUCACCUACUUCACCUACUUCACCUACUUCACACUUCACCAACUUCACACUUCACCUACUUCACCUACUUCACACUUCACCAACUUCACACUUCACCAACUUCACACUUCACCAACUUCACACUUCACCUACUUCACCAACUUCACACUUCACCAACUUCACACUUCACCAACUUCACACUUCACCUACUUCACCUACUUCACCUACUUCACACUUCACCAACUUCACACUUCACCAACUUCACACUUCACCAACUUCACACUUCACCAACUUCACACUUCACCUACUUCACACUUCACCAACUUCACACUUCACCUACUUCACACUUCACCAACUUCACACUUCACCUACUUCACACUUCACCAACUUCACACUUCACUAACUUCACACUUCACCAACUUCACACUUAA